AUGGCUGAAUCACAACCAAAGCGCCAGAGAGGAGAAUCCCAUGAAGCAGAUGAUACAAACUCGAAGCGCAACAAAUCAUACGACAACAUACUCUCCAUUCUUACUGAUGAAGAAGAAGAGCCAAACCAAUACUUUUCAGCCAUUUUCACAACCCUCCAGCAAGAGCUCUCUUCUUCAUUUAGUUAUCCUCCGUGUCCAUAUGAGGAAGCUGGCCUGGAAAACAUCAAAGCCACCGCCACCUUGGCCGACUGCAGCCGGAGCUCUGCUGUUGGUCAAGAUAUGUCCACUCUAAGAACCAGACACAGAAACAUAGAAUCUCGUCUAGUCAAACCAGAAGACUACUCAGCGGUUCAAACAAGUCAAGGUCAAGAUAUGUCCCUCUUAAGAACCACAGACAGAAACAUAGGAUCUCAUCUAAUCAAACAAGAAGAGUGCUCAGCGGUUCAAAAAUGA